CUUUUUCUUCCAUUUAAAAAAGAAACAUAUGGAUGGAGAUGAUCACACGUUACUCAUUAAAAUCGAACCAAAACAAGAAGAAGAAAUCCAUUCCUUUCUUCAGGGACACACUGCAGUAAGCAACGAAGUUUUGGUGACAAUAAAGGACGAAAUUACCAAUCUUGCACAGUGUUCUAAAUCUCUUUAUAAUGAAGAACUACAGCAACACACCGACUUUCAACAUCACGAUUUAACGCAGUGCGAAACAGUGUCUGAAGAUUUUAAAUGUACUGAUUAUGAGACACAGAACAAAACAAGCACGAAAACAAGUUAUAAAAGCAACAUUAAGCAACAUUUUUUAAAAGAUAAAGUUUGUAAGGGUUUUAAAUGUGCUUAUUGUGAUUAUGAGACAAUUUAUAAAUGCGAUGUUAAAAGGCACCUUUUAAAACAUAAAAUUUCGAUAGAUUUUAAAUGUGCUGAUUGUGAUUAUUGGACAGAUCUUAAACACGUCUUCAAACGACAUCUUUUAACACAUAAAGUUUCGAAGGAUUUUAAAUGUGCUGAUUGUGAUUAUCGGACAAAUGAUAAAUCCAACUUGAAACAACAUUUUUUAAAACAUAAAGUUUUGAAGGAAUUUAAAUGUGUUGAAUGUGAUUAUGCGACAAAUGAUAAACACGUCUUCAAACGACAUCUUUUACAACAUAAAGUUUUGAAGGAUUUUAAAUGUACUAAUUGUGAUUAUGGAACAAAUGAUAAACACAACUUCAAAGAACAUCUUUUAAGACACAAAGUUUUGAAGGAUUUUAAAUGUGCUGAUUGUAAUUAUGGCACAAAUGACAAACGCAACUUCAAACGACAUCUUUUAAAUCAUAAAGUUUGGAAGGAAUUUAAAUGUGCUGAAUGUGAUUAUGAGACAAAUGAUAAACACAUCUUCAAACAACAUCUUUUAAUACAUAAGGUUUCUAAAGAUUAUAAAUGUGCUGAUUGUGAUUAUGGGACAAAUGAUAAACGCAACUUCAAACGACAUCUUUUAAUACAUAAAAUUUCGAGGGAUUUUAAAUGUGCCGAUUGUGACUAUGGGACCAAUGAUAAACACGUCUUCAAACGACAUCUUUUAAUACAUAAAGUUGCUAAAGAUUUUAAAUGUCCUAAUUGUGAUUAUGGGACAAAUGAUAAACGCAGUUUCACACAACAUCUUUUAAGAUACAAAAUUUCGAUUGAUUUUAAAUGUGCUGAUUGUGAUUAUGGGACAAAUGAUAGACGCAACUUCAAACGACAUCUUUUAAAACACAAAGUUCCUAAAGAUUUUAAAUGUGCUGAUUGCGAUUAUGGGACAAAUGAUAAAUACAGUUUCAAAAAACAUCUGUUAAGACACAAAGUUUCGAAAGAUUUUAAAUGUGCUGAUUGUGAUUAUGGGACAAAUGAUAAACGCAACUUCAAACGACAUCUUUUAAAACAUAAAAGAGGCUAAUGUUUUAAAUGUAUAAUUAUGAUUAUGACAUAAAUAAUAGAUUGGACUGAGCAACACCUUUGGCGACCUUUAUUUUCAAAUCACUGGUGCUUUUGAGCAUACUAAUUUGCAAGGCACAAAUACGGACUGGGAGCCGUCAAGGAUUAGACCUUUGUGGUGUGAUGCAGAUAUUUGUGUUGUGGCAUAGUUUUUUUUUAAUUAAUUACAAACGAAGAUUUGUCAUUUGCUUUUGCACAAAUACAUGAUUUCUACAAUAAUUGUUAAAGUCGAAUCUGAACAAGAGCAUGAACUAAAUGCACUCAUUGAGUUUUUCUUACUAACGAUGUCUCAGAAACAAUAAAACAGGAAUCAGAUGAAAUGAUAAGUGGAAAUUAUUCUACUAACUUUUCUCAUUUGGUAGAUCAAAAAGUGCUUCAGGAAGGUGAAUUUAAGGCGGCCAACUUUUAAAAUAGCAAUGCGGGCCAAAAUCAGGUUUCAAGUCUCGUCUCUAACAUCUGAAAAGACACAAUUUCUCUAACUCAUAGGUUCCACCCUGUAUAUACAACCUACGACGGUCCACAUAUUUUUGAGAUCUGGCAACCACGCAAUUUUUAGGAGGGGAAAGCUGUCUGCGCCAUCUUAAGAGCACCAACGCGGAUUACGUAAUGCUGCAUUUCUAUUCGUCGUAAACUUGUAUUUUAAUGAAAAUCUGUAUCAAAAUGACUAUCAUUUAAGUACAGGUGGCAAAUGUUUAAUAUAUCAAUUAAAGUAUAGGAAUAGAAAAAAAAACCUUCUUGUAUUUACGAAAUUGUCGCAAUCUUGAAACAAUUUUAUUUCAAUUCGCAUUGGUGGAUAUGGAUGUAUGUCAAAUUUCAAGUUUAUUAUUCCAUCGCUGGCUUAGUAAACGGAUCUGGACAUUGAAAAUGCUGUGAAGAAACAGUAAAGGAUUAGCAUCGAAAAUUAGUUUUUAGUCCCACAAAAUGAAAUUAAGAAAACGCAUUUUUCUACCACUUCCAAUAAAAUUACAAUAUUGUUA